ACAAAUUUUGUCAUGGAGUAUUGGCGGUAUUGCACAUUUGCACCUAACAAUAUUUCAGCUUUCCACUCUUUGUCUCCCUGAAAAAUUUGCCCAAAAAUUAAGUCAAAUGCUGAAGCUUUUGGACAUUACGAGAUUUCUUGGUCGAUCAUCUCCUUGCAUUCCUUCCCCAAGUUACCUUCCUUUCACAGCUUUUCAUUCUUCUCUUUCUCAUCGAAGCUUAUCGAUCAUGGCUUCCGCUUCUGCUCCUGAUGAAUUUGUCAAGGGUAACAUUCACCCUAAUGGUGUCGCCGUCAUUACUCUUGAUCGUCCUCGAGCUCUCAACGCCAUGAACUUAGAGAUGGACACGAAAUACAAAAAUUUCCUUGACCAAUGGGAAGAAGACCCAAUAGUGAAAUGUGUUUUAAUUGAGAGUAGUUCACCUCGUGCAUUUUGUUCCGGUGGUGAUGUGAAGAAGAUCAGUACAAAUAACACAUUAUCAGAUGUGAUUGAGGUAUUCACGGCAGAGUAUUCUUUGAUAUGUAAGAUAUCUGAGUACAAAAAGCCGUACAUCAGCUUGAUGGAUGGUAUAACUAUGGGUUUUGGUAUUGGCCUAUCUGGCCAUGGACGUUACCGUAUUGUUACAGAGAGGACUCUUCUAGCUAUGCCGGAAAAUGGAAUUGGUUUGUUCCCUGAUGUGGGGUUCUCAUACAUAGCUGCAAACAGUCCUGGAGAAGGUUCAGUAGGUUUUUAUCUUGGUAUGACUGGUAAAAGAAUAUCUAAUCCGGCUGAUGCUUUAUAUGUUGGCCUUGGGACGCAUUAUGUGCCAUCUAAAAAUCUUGGCUCUCUAAAGGAUUUUUUGUUAGCAACUACAUUUUCGGAAGAUCCACACAAGGACAUUGCAGCACUAGUAUCGAAAUACAGUUCACAACCAGAGUCCGAGCCACAACUGAAGUUUCUUUUGCCUCACAUUGCUUCAACCUUUGGAGCAAACAAGUCAGUAAACGAGAUGUUGGAGAACUUGAGAAAGCAUCAGGAGAGUUCAGAUGACAAAGUGGCUGGAUGGGCCAAGGAGGCCCUGGAAGGGCUUGACAAAGGGGCUCCAUUCUCCCUUUGCUUGACACAAAAAUACUUUUCAAAAGUUGCAGCUGGCGUUAGAAGUAACGAUGUUGAACUCUCAAAACUGAAUGGGGUGAUGAAACUGGAGUAUAGAAUUGCAUUGAGAUCUUCCCUGAGAGGAGACUUCCCUGAAGGUGUCCGUGCUGUCUUAGUCGACAAGGAUCAGAAUCCAAAAUGGAAGCCAUCAAGUGUGGAGGAAGUUGACUUGCAGGAAGUCGAGACCCUUUUUGAGCCACUGGACCCUAGCAUUGAUGAAUUGAAGGUUUAAUUGGCAAUGCUCAAACUAAUAGGGCUAGAAAUCAUGUGAUUUUUAACUAUUCAAUGUAUUGCAUAAUUAUAAUGAAACACUUAUUAAUGUCUUCUUGUAUACCUUUAUAUAUUAACCCAAAGCAAGAACAAAGUGCUAAACGUUUUAAUAAUUGAUGUUCAAACCAAUUUAGUACGUCAACACAAUCAAUACAACGUGUGUUUUACCUCUUUAGUCUUUAGAGCAACUGCAAUGGGCUUACGUUACGAAAUAGGGAG